AUGAUGUUGAAGUUAUAACUUUAAAAAAUUACCAAGUCUGUAUAUAAUAAAGAGUUUUAAUUGGAAGAUGAUUACUUGGAUAAUUUAAUUGGCUUUUUAUAGAAGAAACAACUAAAAGUUAAUUACAAUUAUUACAAUCUAUCAAAUGCUUAAAGAUCUAUGCUUCAAAUUUACUUAAAUAGAUCAGAUUUCGAGAUUAAUUAAAAUUAUUUUGUCAAAUCAAUUCUAACUACUUUUCUUUAUACUAAUACUUAUAUAAAUCAACCGUAAUAAUAAACUUAGUAUAGAAUUGACUUGACUGAAUUUCAAUAUUGCGAUACUUAAAAAGAUGCCCCUGAAAUUUAAUAAUAUAAUUAUUAUUGUAUUAUUCAUAUAGAGGGUAAUACAUAUGAAAAUUGUGAUUUAUUAAUGGAAGAAAUUAAUAAUCAAAGUGCACAACUCUAUUGUAAAUGCAAAUCAUUUGGAAAUUUAUUUUUGAUAAAAAUUGUGGAUAAAUUUAUGAAUUAAUAAAAUCAUACAUCUUCGAAUUAAAUGUAAGAAGAUUAAAAGAAUAUUGAAGUAUUUAAAUAGAGCUAUCUAUAUGUAUAAAGCGCAUUUAUUAUAUCAUCUAUUAUGGUUUACUAUGCCUUCGUUUAUUUAGAGUAUCAAAGACAAAAUGAAAUUAUCACUGAUCAAGGUUCAAUUAAUAGAUUAGAUACUCUAGAGCCAGUUAAGAAGUCAUUUCAAAUAAAUUUGUAUCCAGGUCACUUCUUUGUGUUUAAAACAUCUUUUUAAGUAAAUUGUUUUAAUAUAAAAAUAGUAUAUGCAUUCUAUUUUGUAAUUUUUUUAAAAUGA